GACUAAUAGAGUCACCGAAAAACGGUAAACCAUGUCCGCCAACUGGGAUUUGAUUCUCAGGUCGUCGGCGGACAAAGAAGAUUUGAAGAGAGAAAUGACCUACGUCAGCUACCAUAUGGAUCUUGGAAACGGAAUAAACAAAGAACUUCGCUUUUCUCUCAACAACAAAAACACCUAUGUCACUCAUUAUAUGCUGGAAAAACUUCCAAGGCCAUCUAUUUUAAAACUUGCCGAUGACAUGCUUUUGGCCAGAAUGUCCUACAUCUCAAAAAUCUUCAACGAGUACAAACGUAGCCGAGGCAAAUUCAAUUUCCUAGGCGCACUCUGUUUCAUAAACGAAUACUUGUCUGACAACGAUCUCACUGGUGAAUUCGAGUAUCAAAAUUUUUCUGGAAAAAAUGCGUGGGCUGAACCAAAAAGGGUGAUCGACGGAGUAGCGGAGUACAAGAAAAUUACAAAAACUAGGGAGCAGCUUUUCGAUGAAUUUCCCGUCCCGGGGUAUGACUGGCUUUUUAGCAACAAACUCGACAGCCCAAACGAAUGUGGUGAAUUGGAAGCUGCUCACCGAGCCCGGCGACAACGACUAAUUUUUGGCAAAGACCUUCCUAAACCUGCUGAAUGGGACUACGACAAUUGGAGAGAAAACUUUUUGGAAGCUCAAGGAGACAAAAUUCCAAUUCAGGAAAGCCAGCCCAGUUCAAAGGAGCUGAUAUGCUCUUUUCUUGGAAUGCACUCUGUGGAUAAGUAUCGCGAGUUCCGUAUUCGGUAUACAACUGAAAUGAUGAAUUUUAAAGUUGAUGAUUAUACUGCUCUUGCCGAGGAAGUGAAAAGUCUCAUGAGAGCCCGAGAAGAAGUGUCGCGCGAAAAGUUUUUGUGGGCCACAUCCAGAUUAUGUGUAAAUGAGAACACGGUGAAAUAUUUUUACGCAAUGUUCAAACAAGGAGUCAAAGCUCUCGAACGCUAUGAAACCGAAAACAUGAAUGAAGAGGUUACAGACUGGAGUGAACCCAAGCCACUAGCCAAAUUUUACAAAUUUUUCAACAAAACACUUCACUACGAAACUACAGUUCCUGCUCCACCGACUGAGAAAAUUAUCCUGGAGACUCAUCAAUCUGGAAUAGACUUCAUGAAUAGUUUCAAGCAAAGCGCUCAGCAAGAAGUUGCUCCGACCUCACUGGUUUUUACAUCUGCUCCACUAACGGAAAAUGAUAUUUUCCCAGUUGCUUAUGGAUCUGAAAAUCAUAUUGCUGAAAAGCGCGAGGAUGGAACUAUUGAGAAAGGAUCAGACACCAAAAUUGAGCAAAAUAUAUCCAAUGGAUCGUCUAGAAUUGAUGACACUGUCGAAGCAACCGAUAAUGUGCCUACCUUGGUAAACACAACGCCUACCGAGCAAACAAAACCAACUCUCUCGUAUGCAAAAAUAGUCGAAAAGUUCAGCAAGACAGACCAACAACCUGCAAAGUCAGACAACUCUUCUCCGUCACCGCGUGCUCAAAGACUUGAGCAGAACUUGGCAACGUCUGCCAACACAAUUCCAUGUCUCUCGGGAAAUUCGGAAAAUUCAGAAAAUUCAUAUGCUCCAAAACAUGAUAACGCUGAAAACGUGGGAGAGUGGAAAGAAGUGGUCUCUAAGGCAACGACGAGCAACAGCAACAAAAAGGGAAAGAGUAAAAGCAUCGGUCAGAAGCAAAAAGAGACAACUCAAGAUGUUGGCAAAAUGGGUAUUACGAAAUCUGAAGAACGUUAUGACGGAAAUGGCAAUGAGCAUCAAAAAUCUGAUUUCAAUAUUUCGAAAGGUUCAAGUGAAUCUGAAAACGGUGAUUCACUAAAAUCUGCGAAAAAAAAGAAAGCAUCAGAGUUUACUACGCUGGAUGCAAAUAAGUACAAUAUCGAGAAGGAAAAAGAUUUCCCCUCAACUCCAGCAGAGGAGUAUUCAGCUUCUUCAACAGACAAGGAGGAGGUCUCAAAACCCACUAAAACUUCCAUUAAAAAAGCUAAAAAAGCUGCAAAGGCGGCAAAGCGCGAACAAGGAAAGGGAAAAGACAACGCAACUGAAUCGACGAUUGAAAAACUUGUGAUGAUAGCUGAUGAUAACUCUUUUGUUGAAGCCAAGUUUGAUGUGCAAAUCGUAAAAAGUAAUGACAAAGAGCCAAUAAAUCCAGAAGAAGAGAAUGGAAAAUCACCGAUGGAAUCUGUUGAAGCUCAGUUUUCAGAUGGUUUGGCAACUACUUUUGUGAAUAAUGCCUUGCUUGCAGCUCAAAACCUUUUGCAGAUGCCCGAAACAGUAUCCCAUUCCAAUAUUCAGUACACUUCUCUCCCUGAUGAGCCAGAGGACGAGGGCUCAGAUGCGUAUGUUCCAGGGCAGACAAUAACUCAUGACUACCGACCAGGCGUUCGUAGGCACGGCAACGGAAGCGAAUGCUCUUCGUGCAGUUCUGCACACGAGUUGCCAUCGUUGGAUGAUGACAGAGAAGGACGUCUAUCAGACAACAAUAAUCGGGAGAGUAGAUCUGCACCAACAUACCCAACUCUGUUUUUUGACACCGAAUUCUUUGACGCUAGGAAGGUGAACUUAGCAAAACCAACUCCUGAAUUUGUGGAACGCGCGUGCAAUGCAGCUUUACAUGACAUGUUCCGUCGCCUGAAGUAUCUUGCCGACAAGAAAGCUAAUGGAGGACUUCGCAAUGUUGAGCACGGUCGUAGACCACUCAUCCAGAAGCGGCUCCAAAAGUUCCAGAAUGUUUAUGUUUUCCGCUUGAGAGUUGCCAAAGCAAUGCUUUAUAUUUUGGAUAAUGAUGUGGCUGCUGAGUCGACUAACAUCCGCGAGAAAAACGUUAUCAAAGAUUUGCUAUUGUAUAUUGGCGAGCCUGUUGAUUCCAAUGCCGACACACUGAAAGGAAGAAAAUUGGAUAGAAUUGCCGAGCAUACCAGAUUUGCUGAUAACAAUGAGUCAGACUUGAUAACUCGUGGCCUUCGCUACAUAGAUCUCAGAGUAUCAGAACUCGAACAGUCGGAGCCUCUUCGUGCUCAGUAUGCGGCUAUCGGCGACCGAGUCUUUGCUCUGAUGAAGGAGCAAGAAGUGCUUCUGAAGAUCAUCGGCAACAGUGUGGAUUUCCGUGGAUAUGAAGAAUACCUGUGAAUUGUCACAUAGUAUGCGUUCUUUUUUUCGAACUUUUGUUUUAAAUUCUGUACUUUUAUGUGAUAUUCUAAGUCAUUCCUGUCUCUUGUCACAAUUCCAUUCUCCUCUAUUCUCAAAUCCUGUUUUCUUUCGCUUCCCAGUUUCCAUUAACGCAUAUAUAUAUAUAUAUUGAAUAGUUCAAAAUGAAUAAUUAUUUGGCA